AUGAAGGGCAAGCAUGUGGUCAUCACCGGCGGCUCCACUGGCAUUGGCUUCGCCUGUGCCAAACGUUUCCUGAGAGAGGGAGCCUCGGUUACCCUGAUGGCUCGGAACGCGGCCAAGCUGGAAGAGGCAGCACGGGAGCUGCAGCAGUAUACCAGGGAGUCUGCUCACAAUGGAACCAAUGGCUUUUUUCCUACUCCCAGAAUCUUCACUCAGGCAGUGGAUGUCUCUGAUGCCAAGGCGGUGCAGGCAGCCAUAGACGCAGCAGCAGCUGCGCGCCCCAUAGAUGUGCUGCUGUGCAACGCUGGAGUGGUGCGCACAGGCCAUGUGGAGGACAUUUCCGCACUGCAGGCCCAGGAGCAGGUCAACACGAACCUGCUGGGAAGCAUCUACCCUGUGCAGGCUGCAGUGCCGCUUUUGAAGGAGAGGGUUGCACAAGGAGCGGAGCCAGGUGCCAUUGUCUUCAUGUGCUCACUCUCUGCUCUGAGCUUCUGGUAUGGUGCAGCAGUUUACACUGCUACCAAGUACGGGGUCCGAGGCUUUGCAGAAGGCCUUCGUCUUGAGCUGCUCCCAUAUGACAUAUCGGUUUCCGUUGUCUGCCCAGGCUUCACCGACACUCAUCUGCUUGAUGAUGCCGAAGCAUCUGGACGAUACCUCACCAAACUGAUGGAGGUGGCAUCAAUGUAUGACCGCAACAAGAUAGAGAACCCCGACAUUGUGGCAGAGAAAACACUGGCGGCUGUUCGAUCCGGAGAAUUCCUCAUGAAGGUCAAAAAGAAAAAGGGUUCGGAUCCUCCUCCGAGAGUGAAGGAAGUUAUAGAUUCCAUUAUCUCCGUUCCGUUACAUGACAUAGCGAAGCCUCUUUCGGAGUUCAAGUGGACUUAUGACAAGGGCGACGUGCUGCACUGGGUAGACCUCUUGAACCACUUCGACGCCUUCCUCGAAGCUUCCGUGAAAUCGCGCAAGGAUUUGCAGUUAGAUGGCCGGUUCGCGGGCGUGGAUCCGCCGUUCCCGCGGGAUGCGGUACUGCAGGUGCUGCGGGUGUCGCGCGUUAUCCUAGAGAACUCCGUCAACAAGCACCUCUACGCGUCCGUCGAGCACGUGUGCACGCUGCUCGCGAGCACGGACCUGGACGUGCUGUCAGCGAGUCUCGAGCUGCUCUCAGUGUACGGCAAGAAGCCCUUCCAGCCAGGUCGCAGCACGCGCUGGCAUGCGGAUCCCGCCAUCACAGCGCGCCUCUUCGCCCUCGCGCAGGCAUGGGGCGGCAAGGAGGAGGGCCUUGGCAUGCUGCCCUGCGCGCUCCAAGGGGGCCUGGACGCGUCCGCUCUGUCCCUGGGAGGGACGUUGCACUUUGAGUUUUAUGCGGAGGGGCCUGCUGGAGUGGGGGCGGUGGGGCAGGGUCAGGGGCUGGGUGGGAGCGGUGGAGAGGGGUUAGAGGGUCAAGAGGACAAGGCUGGUGAGGCAUCGCCUGAUGCUCCCUCCGCUUCGCCCUCUCCUGCUGCACCUGCCGCUGCUUCGACAGGUCUAACACCUGGUUUGAGGGUCAUCCACGUGCCUGGGGUGCAAGAGCACGUGCAGCUGAAGGGAAUCUCCGAGCUCGACUUUCUCCAGCGCCUGGUGGAUCAAUACUCCGUGCCCUCCGCCCUCCGCUUCUCCCUCCUCACCCGCCUCCGCUGCGCCUACUCCUUCCCUCUCCUCGCCUCGCGCCGCCGCUUCCUCUGCGUGCGCCUGCUGGCCUUCCGAGUGCUGCUGCUCGCCACACCAGACCCGGACGAGCUCACUGCCUUCUUUGCCAACGAGCCUGAGUUCGUCCCGGAGCUAAUUUCGCUGCUCAAUGCGGAGAGCCUGGUGCCUGAGGAGGUUCGGAUGUACGCGCUGCUAGCCCUGGCUGCCAUGGCGCAGGACCGGCCACGCCAGUCGACGGUCCUCAGUGCCAUCAGCACUGGUGGGCACCGAGCCACCUUGCCAAGCCUGAUGCAGAGGACCGUGGCUCAGCUUGGGAAACCAGGAGGCUGCUCGCCGAAAUUUGUUGACGCGCUGUUGGUCCUCAUUGCUGCGCUGGUAUCCUCCUCGUCGGGUUGCACCGCUCUUCGGGAGGCAGGCUUGGUGCCGACCCUGCUGCCUUUGGUUCGGGACACCAAGCCUGAGCAUAUGAGUCUGGUGACGUGGUCAGUGCAGAUCCUAGAGGCCUUCAUGGAUUUCUCCAACCCUGCAGCAGCACUCUUUAGGGAAUUGAACGGGCUUGACAUGUGCGUGGACAGACUCAGGCUCGAGGUCGCUCGAGUUGAGCCCACUCUCCUGCCUGUUCAGGGUUUAGGGUCUAGCAAAACCCUGGCUGCUGGUGCAGCUGAGGGUGCUGGUGAGGGGACUGCUGGUGGGGGGAGUGGCAGUGGCUCGGCUGGUGCAGGAGCCACUGGUAUGGAUGAGGAUCGCAAGGGCAAGGCUCCGAUGGUGGAAGAUGAGGGUGCAGGAGGGGGAGCAGGCGUAGGGUCGAGCGGCGGCGCUGGUACGGCAUCACCUGCUGCUGCUGGCGGAUCCGCUACAGCGCCAGCAGUGCUGACCUACCGGCAGCGCAGCCUGAUUAAAGCCCUGCUGCGCGUCAUCUCUCUGGUCAGCUUCGCACCAGGCAGCACUGUCAGGCUCGCCUCAGCCUCCCCCGAGCAAGGGGGCAUGGGACGGCUGCCGGACUGCCUGGCGGCCGUGUUUCGGCACGCGAAGGAGUUCGGAGGAGGCGUGUUUGCGCUGGCAUCGUCGGUGAUGAGCGAGCAGAUCCACCACGAGCCCACCAGCUUCGCUGUGCUGGAUGCUGCCGGGCUGCCCGAGACGUUUGUGGACGCUGUCAAGGCUGGCGUGUUACCGUCGUCAGAAGCCAUCUGCGCCAUCCCCAACGCUCUCCUCGCCUUCUGCCUCAACCAGCGCGGGCUACAGCUCGUCACAGACUCCCACGUGCUCGCCUGCCUGCCCGCCCUCUUCACCUCGCGCCAGUACGCGCGCCCCCUGGCGGGGGACACGGCGUCCGUGCUGGGAUCCGGGCUGGACGAGCUCAUGCGCCACCAGGUGAGCCUCCGCCAGCCCCUCAUGGGCGCAGUUGUGGGCGCCCUUAGGGAGAUUGCACGCAUGGGGGGCCUGGAGGAGCGGAAGGGGAGGCGAGGGGGAAGGGGAGGGGGGGAGGGAGGGGACUCGUGGGAAGGGGAGAUGCGGGGAGGAGGGGAUGGUGGGGGGGAGGAGGGGGUGAGGGCGAAGGAGGAUGAUGCGGAUAGCGGGAGGCCGGUGGGGAGUGGCGGGGGCGGGGAGGAGGGGGCAGCAGGAGUGGGGCAAGGAACAGGGGGAGGGACAUCAGGGGCGGGUGCAUGUGGUGCGGGUGCGUCAGGGGAAGGCGCACAAGGGCAAGGUAGCAGACAGGAUGGGGAGGGUGACGCGGCUGUGCCCAUGGAAACAGAUGGGGGGAACCAGGGGGCAGAGGCAGAAGCAGCAGCAGCAGCGCCAGUCGCUGCAGCAGCCACAGGGGAGCAGCCACGGGUUGAGACCGAGGAGGGCCAGAGUGUGUCUCCAGGACCAGCAGGGGAGGCACUGGCUUCUGUCGUGGUUGCAGAAGAGCCGGCGGUAGAGACAGUGGGAGCUGGAUUGGCGGUUCCUGGUUCGGAAGCAGUUAUGGCCGAGGCAGAACCGGCAGAACCGGCAGAAGCAGGAGCAGCAGGAGAGGCAGCAGGAGCAGGAGCAGCUGGGUCGGCAGGUACUGGGGCAGCUGCUGCUACCACCGCUGUCACCACCACUGCCACCACCACAAGCAGCGUCAAGGAGAAGCUCACCCCAGCAGAGCUAGAGGCGUUCCUCCCAGACUGCAUCAGCAACAUGGCUCGCCUGCUGGAAGCCGUUCUCUCCAACGAAACCAGCAGCCGCGUCUUCCUUGACCUCCGCGGCCUGGACGCACUCCUAGCACUCUACACACUGCCGCGCCUGCCGCUGCUCUUCGGCACGUCCCCUGCCGCCCAGGGGAUCUCCAUGACCAUGAGGGCGUUCGGGCCCAGCCACGCCUCUGCUGUGUCCCGCGGGGUGGCGUCCACACUCAAGAAGCAUGUCAAGUGUGCCGUCGCGUUUGUCACUACGUCCCUCUCGUCGUUCUCCCCUGCUACCGCACCUCCUGCCUCUGAUGCUGUGGGUGCUGCUGCCACAGCCGCUUCAACAGUCCCUGCUGCUGCUGCCGCUGUACCAAGUGGUGCUGCUGCAGGAGCUUCAGGUGCAGGCUCAUCUGCAGUAACAAUCGGGCGGCGCCAGUUGUCUGACCUGGACGUGGAGUCACGGGAGUCGCUCCUGCGCGCCCUGGGAGUAGCAGAGAGCCUGCUCUCGCUCUCCGCCGUGCUAGUACGCGCCACUGCUCUCUCUGUCCCCGACCUCGCGUCGUCCAGCGGAGAGGUGUUCCGAGACGUGGCUGUGCUUCACAGAGAGGCGCUCUGGCAGCUCGCCGUGCUGGAGCACAAGGGAGUGCCGCCUCCUGCCGCCGCCGCCGCUUCUUCUGCUGCUGCUGCUGCAGCAGAGGCUGGGGGGAGUGUAGGGGGAGGAGAGGGAGCAGGUGAGGGCGGAACGGCUGUUGGAGGGUCAGGGGCAGGGGGGGAAGCAGGGCAGGGUGUGGGCUCUGAGGGAGGAGCUGCACCAGGAGCGGCAGCUACAACUGCUGCCACCGCAGCUGCAUCAUCUGCUGCUGCACCAUCCGCAGGACCUUCAGAGGCAGCUGAACCUGGCACAGCAGCAGUAGCUGGAGAAGGUGCAGCAGGGGGAGCAGCAGCGGCAAUGCAGGUAUUCCCAGGGGAGGCAGCAGAUGAUUUGGAUUUGCUGAUGAUGGACGGUGACGUGGGCUCUGGCAGGGUCAUGCGCAACGGCCCAGGCGCCCUCUGGCCCCGUGGAGAAUUAGGGUUUCCGCACCGCAGCGGCAGCAGGCACCUCUCACGCGCCUCUCGCGUUGUGCCUGAUGGUACAGGCCCUGAUAAUGGUCCUGAGGCAGGGGUGAGCGGCGCUGCUGAUGCUUCUGCCGCUGCCGCUGGUUCAGCUGGUGCGGGGACCACAGAUGCUGCGGGGAGGAAGAAGCCAGAUGGUGCCGUACAGAAGGAGGUGCUUGGGCGGCUAGUAGUGGCCGUGCGUCUGUUUGAAGUAGCCGUUGGGAAGGGGAUAGUUCCUUCUCGAAGGCGGGACGAUGCUGUGGUGCUGACAGGGCAUGCGAAGGUGGCCUCAGCAGCCCUCGCACAGACCUUCCAGGAGAAUUUAGGUUUAGGGUUUGCCGGGUGCGACCCGGGGAGGAGCAGCAGUGUGGAGGCGUGCUCUAGUGAGGAGAUACUGGAUUGUCCGGCAGUGCGGUGUGUGUAUCUGGGGAAGAUUGUGGAUGAUAUGUUUUCGCUGAUAGUUGAUCCGCGGCGGCACACGUGCAACAGCAUGCUGCUGAGAUUCUUCCACGCGCAUGGGGCUGUGAAGCAGCUGUUUGCGUCGCUGCAGUGGGUGGUGCGGGUGAUGUGGGCCGAGCAGGAGCGGCAGGUGAAGGAGCGGAAGGAGAAGGCUGAGGGGGGCGAGAAGGAGAAGGCAGAAAAGGAAGCGGGCAGUGUGGGAGUAGAGGUAGCAGGAGGUACAGUGGCUCAGAUGGAAACGGAUGGGUCAACCGAUGCAGCAGCAGCAGCAGCAGUAACGGGGGAGAAGAAGAGCGCAGGUGACGGCUCUAAGGAUGGGGGCAACAAGGGCACGGGUUCUCUUGUGGGAUCCGGUUCCUUUUCGCUGCCUCCGUGGCUGCACUCCCCUCUGCAGAGCUAUUUCCGUCUCAUGGACUGCCUCACCAACUCCCACCUCCUGCUCGCCCCCUCCUCCACCAGCAUUUUCCUCACCCACCAGCUCUCCCGCUCAGUUGAACCCGCCCCAGCUAAGCCUGAGGACUUCCUUCGGGCCAUGCAGUCGCAGGUGCUAUCUAUCAUGCUGGACGUUUGGUCCCACCCGCUCUUCUCCCAGUCUGGUCUUGCUGUUAUCUCCCCGGUGGUGACUCUGCUCACCCGUGUGCUUCAAGGGUUGAGUGAAACCGCUCCAGCAGCAGCAGGGGGUUCUGCUGCUGCUGCUGCUGCGGGUGCAGGGACUGGUGCAGGGGCAGGUGCAGGAGCGGGCGGAGCGGCAGCAGCAGGGGCAGGAACAGGGGCAGGGGCAGGUGGAGCGAGCAGCGCAGGGGGGCAGGGAGGUGCAGCAGUGUCCGCAGCUGCCCUGGCUGCUGCGGUGCUGGGAGGGCGGAUGCCGCCUGGACCUGUACCCACUCCAGUAGAUGAGGCUUUAGUGGAGCUGAUAGUAGAAAUGGGGUUCCCUAGGGAGCGGGCAGAGGAGGCCUUGCGGCAGGUGGGGAACAAUCUAGAUCUCGCUAUGGAGUGGCUCAUUAGCCAUGUGCCAGAUGAGCCUCCCUCGGAAGAAGACGAGCUCGCCCGCGCGCUCGCUUUGUCUCUUUCUGGUAAUGAUGGGGACGGCGGAGGUGGGACUAGUGCGGGUGGGCAGCAGGGUGGGGAGGAGGGAGCAGGUAAGGCAGGAGAAGGGAAAGAGGGGGAGGAGAAAGGGAAGGGAAAAGAGAAGGAGAAGGAGGAGAAAGAGGAGGAGACGGGAGGAGAGAAGGAGGGGCGGAAGGAGGUGAGGGUGGAGGAGAUGUUGGGGACGAUAGUGCGGGUGUUGAGGGACGGGGGGGAGGGCGCUGUGUUUCCCAUGACCGACCUCCUGCUCGCACUCAGCAGGCGCAACGCUGGCACAGACAGGGCUGCUGUCGUGACGUUUCUGGUGGGGCAGCUGAAAGAGUCCUGCGGGCAGGCGAAAGAAUCCCCUAGCCGCGUGGAGAGUGAGAAGCAAGGCAGCAGCGAGGGUAAAGAUUGCAGAGCAGAGAAAAGGGAGGAGGAGAAGGCUGCUGCUGCUGGUUUACCAUCUUCGCUGCAGGCCUUGCAAUCCGCCUUGGCGCACUGCUUGGCUGUGCUGCUCUCAGAAGACCUGCCCUGCUCGGACAUAGCAGCCAAGGAGGGCCUCGCUGCAGUUGCUCUUCACAUGCUCUCUGGGUACGUCUCGUCUGUCUGCCCCGACUACCACCCCCCGACUCUCCCUCUUGCUGCACUCGCCUCACCUCCCAGUAAGAGCCGGUCGCAGCAGCACGGAAGUGCGGGGGUGGCGGGUCAGCGGGUAGAGGGUAAAGCAGGUGCGGAUGAGGUGACAGGGGGGAAAGGAGGGCAAGGGGGAGAGGGGCGUGAGGGGCUUGGGGAGGUGCCCAAGUGGGUGCCGUCUCUGUUCCUGGUGCUGGACUCCCUCGUGCAAUGGAAGGUGCCUGGCACAGGGGUACGAGGGGAAGCAGGUACAGCAGUGGCAGCGGGAGCAGCGGGAGCAUCAGGGGCAGCAGGGGCGACAGCAAGCACAUGGGGAGCGGCAGCAGCAGAUGCACCUAUCUCCUUCGCGUCUAUACUGGCAGGUGUUGCAGGUGGGGCAGGAGCAGCAGCAGCGGAUCCAGGUGCAACCGCUGCAGCACCUUCCGAGCCAGCUGGUACUGGUGCAGCUGCUGCUGCCGGGGCGUCACAGGCUCCAUCCGGGGCAGGUGUAUCUGCCACGGCCGCCCCAGCAGCCAGCAAGGGCAAGGAGGCAGCAGAGGCAGAGAAGCGAGAGGGCAAGGAGGAGAACCGGUUCACAGAGAUCGUGGGGCUGUCAACAGGGUACCUAUCAGACGACGAGAAGGCCCAAGCCAUGGCCCUCAUCUGCCCUCUCAUCCGCUGCCACCCCCCACCGUCUCUCUGCCAGGCUCUCCUCCACCUCGCCUCCCGCCUCUCCCGCUCGCACCCCGUCGCCCUCCUCUUUCUGGACCAGGGUGGGGUGGCGGCGCUUCUCGCCCUCCCGUUCUCUUCGAUUUUCCCGGGGUUUGAGAGUCUCGUGUCGGCGGUGGUGCGGCAUGUGCUUGAGGACCCGUUCACGCUGCUGCAUGCUAUGGAAGCGGAGAUCAGGCACAGCCUCACCACGCUGGCAACUCAGCAUGGGGGCCGUGUGUCCCCUCGUGUGUUCCUGGGCGCUAUGAGUCCUCUUGUCGCCCGUGAUCCGUCCGCGUUUCUGCAGGCGGUGGGGAAUGUUUGUGAGGUGGAGAGCAUUGCACCUGGGAAGCUGCCUGAGGGGCAUGGGGCAGCUGCAAUGGAGGUUGGGGUUGGUGGUGGUCUGGGAGGGGAGGCAAUGGAGGUGGACGCAGAGGGGGUUGAGAAUAAAGCAGCUGAAAGAGGAGAGAAGGAAGGGGAGAAGGAGCCAGGGAAGGAGGAGAAAGAGAAGGCAAAGCAGCGGCAGCAGGAGGAGGAGGAGAAGGAGAGGGCGGAGUUUGCAAUCUCGCGAACCACGCUGGUGCUGCGGCUGCUCACAGAGAUCCUACUGGCCUAUUCUGCUGCCAGCACUCUCGUGCUCCGCAGGGAUGCAGAGUCUGCUGCAGGCACUUCAGCAGCAGCGGUGGGUGCAGGUUCGGGUGCAUCAGCCGGGGCGUCUGCAUUCCUCAUUGCGCUGUGCGUGCGCUCGGGGGAGGGCCGGCGCCGCGUGCUCUCGGAGAUUUCCAAGUCGCUGAGCCGGUUUGGGAAGGAGGAUGGGGGGAGGACAGGAGAGGUGCGGCAGCAGGAAAAGGCAGGAGCAGCUUUGACAGGAGAAGCAGCUGCAGCAGGAGCAGGAGCAGCAGGUGGAGUAAGGGAAGGUGGGGCAGCAGUGGUUCCGGGUACAGAAGCAGCUGCAGUUGCGGCUGUGAAGCUGCAAGUGCCCAACAAGCAGGUGAGGUCGUUCCUUGACCUCAUGAACGCGCUGCUCUCCACGCAAUCGUCCAAUGGGAGCAAUCCACCUGGCGGCCCGGGCAGCUCUGCACAAGGCUCCGCCUUCGCUGCAGAAAUGGCCAAGACGGCUCUUGAAGUGGGCAUGCUGCCAAACCUCCUGGAGACUCUGAGUGUAAUUGAUCUAAACCACCCAGAUUCCCCGAAGCUGGUGAAUUCGAUCCUCAGGGCUCUGGAGGUGCUCACUCGAGCCUCAGCUUCGGAAGCUCGUGCCGAGCCUGGGAGAGGUCUGGCAUCAGGGCAGCGUGUUUCCGUGGGUGUAACCAGGGCUGUAGGUUCGGGAAGGCAGGAAGCAGGCUCGGCAGGGGCUGGAGGGGUGCCGAGCCAAGCAGCAGCGGACGGGGGUGCAGCGGUGGCGGAAACAGGUGCGGAUAGGGGGACAGAAGGAGGUGGGGCAGCAGGUGGGGCUGAUACAGCCAUGGAUGAUGCUGGGGGGGAGGGAGGGAGAGUAACGGCGUCUGGAGGUGAAGAGGCAGGAGCAGACGCUGGGAGUGGGAGGAUGCGAGGGGGUGAUGAGGAGGCGAGGCAGCAGGGAGGGGAGGAGACAGGUGGAGCAGGGGCGGAAGGGGGACGUGCAAUGGAGCAGGAUGAGAGGCAUGGGGGGGAGGAGGAGGAGGAGGAAGGGGGGAUGGCGCAUGAAGCAGAGGCGAUUAUAAGAAGAGUGGAGGGCGGAGGGGGCAUGAGAGGGCCCAUGCAGCUGCGGUUCCAGAUCCGAGAAUUUGAUGAUAUGGGCGCGGAUGAGGAUGGGGAUGAGGAUGAUGAUGGGGACAUGGAGGGAGAGGAGGAUGGGGAGGACGAUGACGAUGGGGAGGAUGAUAUUGAGGAUGGGGAUGAGGAGGAUGAGGAGGAGGGGAUGGAGGAGGGGGAUGAGGAGGACGAGGAUUUGGAAGAGGAGGAAGAUGAGGAGGAGGAGGAUGAUGAUGAGGAUGACGAGGAUGAAGAGGAGGAGGAUGGGCAUGGAGGGGAGGACAACGGGCAUCUGCCCCCAGGUGGCAUGGGCAUGGGGGAAGACAUGGAGGACCAUGAGGAGGAGGAGGAGCGCGCAGCCCGGGCCUUGCGGCGCGACUUUGCACGUGGGCUGGCAGAGGAGGAUGAGGAGGAGGAUGAUGGGGAUGAGGAUGAUGAUGAUAUGGAUGAGGAUGAGGAGGAGGCUGAUGAGGAGGAUUUGGAGGACUGGGAGGAGGACGGCGGGAGGUUUAUAGAGGUGAGGUGGCGGGACGAUGUCACGGGAGCCAAUCACGUGCAUCUGCUCGCAGGCGGUGCAGAUGUCGCCGGGUUGAUGGACCUUCCGGGGUUUAUGCAGCGGGAUGUGUUGAAUGAUCCGCUGUAUGCGGAUAUGAAUGAGCCGGUGUGGGGGUGGGGGCGGCACUUAGCGAGUCACCAGCGCAGGGCUGUGGUGAGAAGCACACUGCAGGGCCAGCAGCAGCUGGCGCAGGGGCAGGGCGCGGGGCAGGGGCAGGCUGGCCGGAUGGGAGCAGGCCCCUUGCACGUACACCCACUGCUGGCUCGCCCAUUCGCCCCUGGGGCAGCACCGACAGACGCUGCCUCCGCGUCUGCCCCUGCCCACGCCGCUGCAGCACCGGGAUCACGGCUCUUCAACCUCCUGGCGGGGAUGCAGGGGAUGAUGGGGGGAGUGGGCGGGCCGAUGGGGGCUGGCGGGGGGGGAGGGCCAGGCAUGGAAGUAGAUGCGGCAUUUGCGAGGGAUGUGGCGUCUCUAAUGAUGGCGUAUGAGAAUCCUUUCCUGGAAGACAUGCUGCAGGCCCGGGGCCUGCUUGACCCUCGUGGCAUGGGCGGCAUCAUGGGCGGCAUGGGCGGCGUGGGCGGCAUGGGGAUAGGGCAUCCGUCGGGAGUGGAGUUUGAUCCGGGGAGGGCGAGGGCGAUGGGGGUGAGUGGGCUGGGGCCGGUGGUGGGAGGGGCAGCGGGGCGAGGGGAGUUUGGGAGGGUGAAUCGGUGGACGGAUGAUGGGCUGCCGCAGCCUGCCGGGACUGGUGCUGCUGUUGCUCAGGCGCUGGAAAAAGCAACAGCAGCAGCAGCAGCUGCAGCAGCAGGUACGGAAUCAGGUAGAGGAGCAGAGGAGGAGGGCAUUGCAGCAGGAGACGUGCAGAUGGACGAGAGAGGGAGUGAGAGGGAGAGGGAGGCAGAGGCAGAGGUGGAAGUGGCAAGUCAGGACAGUGGGGGGAGUGGGUUCACGGCUGGGGAGAGCCUGAGGAGCCUGGAGGUGGAGGUGGGGAGCAUAGACGGGCGGGAUGAUAUGCUGCUGCCUGGUGGAGCAGCAGCAGACGAGGAGGAGGAUCUUCCGGAGAUCGACCCAACCUUCCUGGAAGCUCUACCGGAGGACCUAAGGGCAGAGGUACUAGCCUCCUUCCACGUGGAGCGAGCUGCCAGGCAGGCCCGCCAGAGACGCGCCCAGCAGCAGGCCGCACAGCCACAGGGGCAGGGGGGGGGAGGCGCAGCAGGGGGAGGAGCAGGGGGAGCAGAGGGCGCCAGGGGCGCAGGGGGAGCAGGGGGAGCAGGGGGAGUGGGUGGGGCGGGAGCAGGAGGAGGAGCAGCAGCAGGGUUGGGAGGGGAGGACACGGGGGAGCUGGAUCCGGAAUUCUUAGCAGCGCUGCCACCGGACAUUCAGGCGGAGGUGCUGGCACAGCAGCAGGCGCAGCAGCUCAUGGCUGCAGCAGCAGCAGGUGCAGAUGGGCAUCCUGUGGACAUGGAUAGUGCGUCUAUCAUUGCCACAUUCCCUGAGGAGCUGCGAGCAGAGGUCCUGCUGACCUCAUCGGAAGCAGUGCUGGCAUCGCUCCCGCCCGCCCUGCUAGCGGAAGCCCAGCUGCUGAGAGAGCGAGCCAUGCAGCAGCAGUACUCUGUUAGGCACCAGCACCCCGCACACCCCCACCACGCCAUCUUCGGCGGUCCCAUCCGCCGCUCUCCCGCUCUUGCUGGCGGUACCACCGCCCACCGCCGCCCGCCGCACCCGUUCGCUGUGGCUGCUGGGGAGGGCGGUGUGGGAGAAUUCACCAGGGGGUUCAUUGCCGCGGGGAUGGGGAGGAGGGAGAGGGAGAGCGCAGGGGCUGGGGCGGGGACGGGGGCGGGGGGAAGUAAAGGUGGUGGGGAAGGGGGAGAGGAGGAGAAGGCGCCUGUGGUGGAUGAGAGGGCUCUCAAGGCGCUCAUUCGCCUGCUGCGCAUCUCCCAGCCGCUGCAAAAGGCCCUGCUGCCGCGUCUACUGACCAACCUCGCCUCCCACGCCACCACCCGUGCAGCCCUUGUGCGCAUCCUGCUAGAUCUGCUGCGCCCCGAUGCCGAUCCAACGGACCAGCACCCCACAGGGCAGCAUCCAACGGACCAGAAUGCAGCAGCCGUGCCAGGUGCUGCAGCAUCUGCAGCGGAAGGCAGUCAGGCUGCACCACCUGCAGCACCUGAAACGCCUGCAGCACUCGGAGCGGCUGCAGCUGUUGAGGGUGUGGGUGAGGGUGGGGUAGCAGCAGACGGCGCACCACCACACCAGCUGUACUGCUGCCAGUCCAACGUGGUGUAUGCUCGACCGCAGCGCCCCAACAGCAUUCCUCCCCUCGUCUCUCGCCGUGUGCUGGAGCUGCUGGUGUACCUGUCGCGCCACUCCAUGGCUGCCACGCAGCUGCUGCUGCUCUUCCCCUCCGCGCUCACUCGCUUGGCUCAGCAGCAGCGGGAGGAGCGGGAGCGGGCAAAGGAACGCAAGGGCAAGGCGAAGCUGCUGGGUCCGGGGACUGCCGAGGCUGGAUCUGCGGGUGGGGAUGUAGAGAUGGGAGAGAGGGAGAGAGAAGACGGAGGGGAGGGGCAAGCAGGGCAGGAGGGGCAGGAGGGGCAGGAGGGCAGAGAGCAACUAAGUGAAACCCAAGAAGGAGCUCCAGCAGCUGCGGCAGAGACUGCAGCAGCAGCAACAACAGCAGCUGCAACAGCCGAUGCUGCCGCUCUUUUAACUGGAAUAGAUACUGCUACUGCUCCCUCGGCUGCUGUUACCAUCCCACCCGCUUCCACACCCACAUCCCCUCCCACCAGCACGGCACAACCCCCUGCCCCCGCUGCUCCACCCGCUCCCCCAGUGCCCAUCCCAGUGACAGUCUUCCUCCGCAUUCCCCACCCUGACCUCCGCAUUCUCUCCCAGCUGCUCGCCCAGGAGGGCCUCUCAGACGCCUCCUACUCGCGUGCUGUGGCUGUGCUGAGGCUGGUUACUGCUGUGGUUCCCAAGUACCGCGCACUGUUUGUUGCUGACCUGGCAGAGGCGGCACGCCAGCUCAGCUCGCCGGCCACGCGGGAGUUGCUAGAGGUGGUGGAGGGGGCGGAUGGUGGGGAGGGUGGGGGAGAGGAGGGAGCAGGUGCAGGAGCAGGAACAGGGGCAGCAACGGAGAGUGAGAGAGCGUCUAUGGAAGGGCAGGAAGCAGCAGCACCUGCAGCACCAUCAGCGCUAGCUGCUGUAAGCGGCAAGCCAUGGGGGCUGACGAGAGCAGGAGCAGCCACUCUCCGCGUCCUCAAGACCCUCACCUCGCUCCUCUCACAACCCGCCUCCUCCCUCCCACCCGCCUGGGAUGGCGACUCCCCCUCAGGACCGGCAUCCGAGGCAGAAUGCCAGGCUGUCAUUGCAGACCUGGUCACGUCGCUCCACCCUCUCUGGCAAGUCCUAUCCGAGUGCUGUGGCAAGCUUGAGGCUCGGUACAAGAAACACCCGGCCCUGUCCGCUUCGGCCGGACCUGCAGGUUCGGCGGCGGAGGGUGCGACAGGCGUGGGAGGAGGGGCGGCAGGGGGAGGUGCUGUGCCGCCGCUGCCAUCAGCAGCACAGCAGCUGUUACCAUUCGUGGAGUCGUUCUUCGUGUUGU